AUCAGAGUAGUAAACAGAUGGGCAGACAAUUAAUAAAUUAACCCGACAGAUGACAAUGAGACACAAUAACAAGCAUAACUGCGAUCAUUCUCUGUUACUAUGUGCCACAUUCACACAUAAAUAAUGAGCCAGAGGUGACCAUAUCUGUUGGACAAUCCUCCUCUCUCUCUCUCUCUCUCUCUCUCUACAUAUAUAUAUUUGAUUUUUUUCUCUAACUCCUUUACUUGCUCGCUCCCGUUUACCCCUGCGAGUUCCUCAUCCAAACCUCAAUCACGUAUGAUUGCGUAGAGAACGAGAGAGAGAGAGAGAGAGAGAGAGAGAGAGGGAGGGGAUAUCACACCCCAUUCACUGGCUCAGUGUCAGUGUGAAAGAGGCAGCACUAGUCUCGAUUUUACAACAUUCCCUUAGACGGCUUCGCCGGGAUUCGCAGUGUUCUCGCUGUGCUAGACACCUGACAUUUAAAUUGCAAUUCGUUUUGAACAAAAUAAGACAUUUCGACGUGAAGAGCAAUGCAAUGAACUCUACUAGAAGAACUAUGAAGAGCUGUAAAAUAAUUUGGACAGCCCAGAUGUUCCGUGAAGUUGUGUGCGCACCACUCAUAUACGCCAAUAGAGCCUGAGAACGCGCGUUCUUGUGUCAUGGGCUCCAUUUGUUAUGAAGAUUCAUGCCAAAAAAUCUGGAGUGAACUAGACAUGUUGAUCAUGUAGCAGUCGCUUGAAAGAGGAACUACGCGUCUGCUGUCUUCGGCACCUGGAAUACCUGCGUGACAGAUUACCCAUGUUCACAUAGGACGUUUUUUAAUUGUUGUUUUUUUAAUUUCAUUGUUAUUAUUAUUGCUUUUUUGCUUCUAAGACGGAGAACGGAAAAUAUGCUUUAUGUAAUCGUGUGUGAAACUCACAGCCGUCUGGGUAGAUCGUCUGAGAAGGGGAUGAGAUUUCAGUCCUAAUUCACAGGAUCCUCUGGAUUUUUCGCAAGGAAUUGAAAUGAGAUCUGGCUAAUUUCGCGCAGACAAUCCAGUCUUGUUUAUUUAUUAUUCCCAGUUAUUGCGUUAACAGCUGCAACCGUCGAACAGCUCGUUUAACUGAAUAGGCUACUCGAGAUGGCCGCGAUCGCCAGUUCUCUGAUCCGACAAAAACGCCAGGCGCGGGAAUCCAACAGCGAUCGGGUAUCUGCCUCCAAACGCCGCCCCAGUCCCAGCAAAGACCCCCGCUCUCUCUGCGAGCGACAUUUCCUGGGGGUCUUCAGUAAAGUCCGCUUCUGCAGCGGCAAGAAAAGACCUGUUCGCCGGCGACCAGAUGCACCCUCGAAACCUCCACAGGUGUCCCGUAAGGGCGUCAGGCUAGAGCCGCAGCUGAAAGGCAUUGUGACACGACUGUUCAGCCAGCAGGGUUUUUACCUGCAGAUGCAGCCAGACGGAACCAUCGAUGGCAUCAAGGAUGAGAACAGCGACUACACUCUUUUCAAUCUCAUCCCCGUCGGCUUAAGGGUGGUGGCCAUUCAGGGAGUCAAAGCAGGUUUCUACAUCGGCAUGAAUGCGGAGGGCUUCCUCUACAGCUCAGAGAUGUUCACACCUGAAUGUAAAUUCAAGGAGUCCGUGUUUGAGAACUAUUACGUUAUCUACUCAUCCACCAUGUACCGUCAACAGGAGUCGGGUCGAGCCUGGUUCCUGGGCCUCACCAAGGAGGGUCAGGUCAUGAAAGGCAACCGUGUGAAGAAAACCAAACCCUCUUCACACUUUGUACCAAGACCAAUUGAAGUUUGCAUGUACAGAGAGCCUUCACUGCAUGAGAUUGAAGAGAAGCAACGGUCCAGGAAAAGCUCAGGAACCCCAACAAUGAACGGAGGCAAAGUGGUCAACCAGGACUCUACAUAGCAGGGCCCAAACGCAGGAGGCUACUGCGAAAGAGUAACCCCUUCCCCUUGCCCUCGCGCCUCCAACCACUGGAAUAGUACAACACGCUACAAUAAGAUAACAAACUGAACUCUUGCCUGAGAAAACCUUUAGAAGAACACAGAGGGGGGGGAAGUGAAAUAAGAGAAAUAAAUGUUACCGUUCCAAUAAGGAGCUGAACUCACAUUUUAUGCAAAAAAGGUCAAUGGACAGUCAUUUGAUUUUCAAAAAUAUUAAUAUUAUUUGGGGUUCAUGUUGUGAGAAACGAGCUUUAAAACAUUCUUAUGUUUUCAUUUUCAUGUGAAUGCUCUAGCACCUAUUUAUCAAAUUGGGAAUGUUUCUCUUUUCGCUCAAUGUCAUUAUUCCUGUUUGUGAAUAUUAUGCAGAUUUUACCAAGUGUUUUGGCCUAUUUUAUUUUAUUUUUUGGUAUUACCUGAGAGGUAAAGGUAAAUGCACUUUGUGAAUCUAAAUUAUUGAAAUAUCAGGAGGGUGAAUCUAGAAUGUAUGCUCAGAUAUUGUAGAAGCUUUUUGGAUCUUAGAGCAUUCCACUGCUUAUUCAUUUUGGUAUGAGGUAAUAUCCAUUUUAACACUUCUUCAAAAAUCUUGCCCGCCUUGAUGCACAUAUGUCCAGCACAAGUACACUGUAUGUGUGUAUGUUCAACACCUCCAAACUGCAUCUUGGUUUCAGUUGGAGUGUGACACUCUUUGUUACAAUGAACAAAGGAUAAUAAGUAGAUGAUUCCCUGUGAAUUAUCCACAAAUUCCCUUGCACUCAAGCAAACUUACAAAAUCUAACAAACAACUCAGGAUUCCUUAGUCCUAAAAGUGUGAUGCUGACACCAACCCUGUCCAGUUAAAAGCACAAAGAAGGCCAGUUGUGUUGCCCCUGUACAGGGUUUCCAGGAAGUUGGCCUGGACAGGGUGGGUGGAUUGUGGACUAGGUGGAGUCUAGCAUUCAUAAGUCUUCCAAUAAAAAUGCCAUGUGAGCUGUGCCCAAGUAUGCAGCAAUGAGGUGCAACAAAACAAAGAGACUUUAAAUGCAUAAGUCAUCAGAAAGUGUGUUUGUAGUUAACUGAGGAAUGAUCAAAUGAAUAACACGUGUACAAAGACUGUAAAAACAGGCACGCAAUGCAAAGACUGUCCAGAUAAACUGGGUUUCCGGAAAAGAAAACACUGUAAUGUGAGUGUUUCCUUUUGCUCUGUACAAACAAAACUCUUUAUUUUUCAUGUUUGCAGAUGUUUUCACCUUAAAGAAAUACAAUCAUAUAUGCAUUAUGAAUAAUAAGAUAUAAAAAAUAUGCAUUGAUAUUAUAAACAGAAUGAAAUUAGGAUUAAGAAUAAAAGUAUGAUACUUAAAGCUUUAAUCCCUGUGUGCAUAGCUUAUUUUCCAAGUAUUCCCAUGAGCAAUUUUACUAUUAUAUACAGUAAUUGCAAACUUGCAGAAAUAAGAAAUUAAAUCUUUUAAGCAUUGGAUUACUAAUGACAGUCCCCACAGGGUUCAUUGUCACAAAAUAGACACGCUUAACUUCAAAAUUUGACUGUCAACUUCAGGAGGUCAAACUAAUACAAAACUAGGUAAAACUAAUACUACUGGACAUGGUCCUUCUUUGGUGUCACUGUUAGAGAGACAAAAUUGUUCUUAGGUAACAUUAAUUAGGUAAUAACUAAAAUAUUGUUCUUACUACAAUUAAUUACAAAUUAACAAUAUGCAUUAACAGAAUAUGUCUAUAAUUAUUGUUGGAUAUAGUCGAGAAGAUGAACUAUUAUUUCUGGUACAUUUCAUAAAGAAUUGAUAUAAACAAGACCCAGAUUUGUGCCUCAAUACUAAACAGUAAUGGGAAACCAAUUUGUAGGAGAUGCCAAAUAUAUACACAUGAAACGGUGAAUGAAAAGUAUGAAGAAGAAAAAAAGAAAAAUUCUAAAUGAUAAAUGUUUAACUCUGCUAUGACAACAUCAAAUGACUGAUCUCAACUGCCUCUGAGGCGAGUCAGAGAUAUAAAUAAUUUUGUACAACUUUUAAUGUGGCAUUGCAUCUCUACACAAAAUUUGGUGGCGGCACAGAGUCUCCUCAGGGCAUUCUUAAUGCCUUGUUUUUAAAAGUCUAUGCAAAAUUCAAAUGACUGAAAAAUGUUUUAUCCCAGGUUUAGGUAAUUCCAGUGAUAUAAUCCUGAAAGUUAAAGCACUCAAGCAGCAAUCUAACUUGACAUUUUAGAAUUGCACUUCUCUGCCCUUAAUUCUCCUUGUUGUCAUGGAAACAGACUUUCCCUACUGUCUGAAAGGAGAAAGAAGAAGAGGAGAUGGAGGGGGAGGAGGGCUGCUUUCAGGCAAAUUAUCUGUUCUUUUCUUUUUGUGGCAAAGAGAUUGAGAUUGUGUUUGUGAUUGUUUCUCUCCUUCUCUUUUCAAAGUCACACUAUGUACAUAUGGACACCCAAUGGAAGUGAUAUACAAUUACAAAUAUCUGAGAAGAAUGACAGCAUCUCUGUGUGUGUGUGUGUGUGUGUGUGUGUGUGUGUGUGUGUGUGCUUCCGUGUGAAAGAAAUGGAGAGAAACAUCUUAAUUUGGCCUUCACGUACAACAAAAAUUAAACCGUCUGUUCAAAGACAUUUAUAUCAGUACCAAACACUUCAUUUAAUUUAUCUCUCUGUUACCUUUUUUUUUAUUUAGUCCUGUAUGCUCCUUACAGGAAUUUGGAAACAGUCUAUAAAGCUUUGACAUUUUUGAUCCAUGAUACUUGUGUUACAUAACUGUAAAGCCAUGCUGAGCCAAGUUGAACUGAUUCUGUCAGUGCCAUAGUAACACAUAGGAUCCUGUGUACCCUAAAGCCCACUGACUUGUGUAAAAAACUCCUGCCUGCUUGCCUGCCUGCAAAUCCCCUCUUUUCUUAACAGAAUAUUGACUUGAUAAAUCUACAGCUGUAAACAUUUUUUCAUCGCUCUGUUAUUCCAUUAUUCUAUAUUUUCAAUUUUGCUCUCAUCUACACUGAUUCUAUUGUUUGAUUAGAGAUCUUCAUCUUAAGGGAUUGCCUGGUUUUGUUUAUUCUCUUCCUUCCUCUCUCGGGAGGGACAAGAACGCUCUUACAGACUUGGAACAUCAAGGUCAUCAUUAUGAAAUAAUUGGUCUCCUUUCAAUUAAUGUGACUGGCCUGCUCUCUUAGAUCUUCAAUGCUACAAAACAUCAAAGAUUAUGUUGGAUUAUGUUUUUCAAUGAUAAAGCUAUAAGAAAAAGUUAGGGAGAAUUCAUUAGAAAUAACGUCAGAUGAAAAACAUUUCAUGGCAUUAAUUUGUGCUAUAGCUUUGUUGUAACAGCAAGUCAGGGAAACGGGAAGCCAGAUCUAAUUGCAGCUUUAAAUUUUAAUGAACAAAAACUAAGUAAUAAUUCACAGGUAAGAAACACAACAGCUUCAUAACAACAAAGACAACACUGAACAAAAAUAGUCUGAAUUGAUGGCUUAAAUACACAUGAUACUAAUGAAAAGUGCACAAGGAAAUCAGUAACCAUGGAAACAAAUAAGCAAUAUGAAGUAAGGAAAACAAAACAGAGAAAACCAGGUAAAACUAAUCAAAAGUCCAUAGAAACUAAAACAAAACUGAACAGAGCCAGUGCAUUUGUAUUAUGCAGAGCUGCAAUGUUUUACUCCAUCCACACACACAAAAGAAAAUAACACAAACAACUACAAACAUAUAUACACUCACAUGUCAAGACCCCUAAUAUUCAUAAUGACAGCAUUAGCUAUGCAAAUCUGCUGCAGUUCAGUUGCCAGUUGUUAAAUGCUUGAAUCUCACAUAAAUGUAUCCCUCAUCUCACUGCACCAAGAGAAUGUGCAACAUUCAAAAGCAAAGAGCAAAGCAAGCUGAUGCAUUACCUGUUCUAUAAGGACAAAGACUGUGCCCUUCCUAAUAGGUUGGGGGGUAUUUACUGUAAGGUGUGUUCUUUAUUUUGGUUCAUGCACGCAUUUUUGACCUAACAGUAAGUCUUGCCAUGUGAGCUUAUUUUCUCUGAUAGAAAGACUAAUGAAGAAACUGUAAAACUGUUUGUCUAAUGCAAUAAACUGCGAAACAGUGGAGUGACUGAAACCUUCAAUAAACCAAACACUGUCUGUGGAGUAGGACUAAUUUAGAUUUAUCUCCACUGCUAUAAUAAUAAAUGUGGUAACAAUGAAGUAAAGUUUAUUAACAUUAGUUAACACAUUAGUUAUCAUGACCUAACAAUGAACAAUGAUUUCACAGUUUUUGUUUGUUUUCUAGAUUUUAUAUUAGUUUCUAUAUAUAUGUGUAUUUUUAUUUAGUAAGUUAAAAAUACAUAAUUUUAUUCAUUAUGAACAAACAUGAAACAUUUUAGUAAAGUAUUAAUUUAGAAUAAUAAAUGCUGCAAGUAAUAUUGUUCCUUGUAUUAAAGUGUGAUU